AUGGCGCUGCUCCUCCCGCUGCCCCGGGACGGGAACGGCGCUGAAACGGAGGAAACCCUAAAAAAGAUUCAAGCGCACAAAGGGGUCGUGGCGACUAUGGUUGUCAAUGCAGAAGGAAUUCCAAUAAGAACAACUCUUGAUAACUCAACAGCAGUGCACUAUGCAGGUCUCCUUCAUCAGCUCACCAUGAAAGCGAGGAGCACAGUGAGAGAUAUUGAUCCUCAGAAUGAUCUAACCUUCCUCAGGAUCAGAUCAAAGAAACAUGAAAUCAUGGUAGCUCCAGAUAAGGAGUAUCUGCUGAUUGUUAUCCAGAACCCACCCGAAUAGACCAGCAGGAUGUUAUUCUCAGACAGACUCAGCUCUUCUUGCUAAGCUAACCUUCCUUACCCAUACUUAGCACCAAGCACA